CGCUGAUGAAUCGUUGUCAAGUGCGAACACCUGAAUCCCUGAUCUGAUUUCUCUGCGUACAACCAACGAGUCAGAUCACAUAAAAAAAUCUCAAAAAAAUCCACUCCGAUAGACAUUAAUCUGAGCCUUAAACCUUCAUCAUCAAUGUCUGAAUCAAAAUCAGACGCUACAAUCUCCAUGUCAGAUAGAGAUGCAAAAGCGCCCAAUGUACUUGAAAGACUGAAGGAAGAGAUUGAAGCAGUAGUGCACACUGAAAAAAGACAUCAUCUCCAUCACAAGGAAACUCAUGGCAAGAAUGAUGGCAUUGAUGAAAACACACCAUUAGAUGAUGUGAAAGCCCCUAAUGUGUUCGAGCGAGCAAAGGAGGAGAUUGAGGCUCUUGUUCAGACAAUCCAUCACAAGAAAGAGUCUGAAACUCCUAAAACAAGGGAUCAAUCCAAUAAGGCAGGUUCAGGAUCAGAAAAAACAGAGAAUGACGCUAAGUCGCCCAAUGUAACUCAAAGUGCUAAGGAAGAGACUGAAAGAAUCACUCGCGGUGAGAAUUCACCACACCGUCAUCAUCAUGAAACUCAUGGAAGAAGGAAUGACAUUGAUGAAAGCACUCCUAUUAAUGAGGUGAAAGGUCCUAAUAUUUUUGAACGGCUAAAAGAAGAAAUUGAGGCGCUUGUUUAUGCUAUCCAUCCGAAAAAGGAGUCCAGCAAUUCUGCAUCCUUACCGAAGGGUGGUGGAUUUAUACAAUUUGUUGGAAGAGGGUUGGAAAAAGUUUGUUCUCCAUUUAGUCAUAAGAAAGAUUGAUAUACAAUUACUGACAUGGAUUUAUACAGCGAGAGCGACUGAGAAUUGAGUGCUGAAGGAAAGUGAGAUACGAUUAUCGAUCAUUAAUUGAACUGUUAUCGACAUUGUUGAAGGAUGCAGUGCUUAUGUUUGCUUUUGUUUCAGUCAGGGAGCUGUUUUUGCCAUGUAAAAUAUGGAGAGCAUCUGCAAAUUUGAACUUUUGGAUUUAUCAUUUUAUGGUUUUUGUAUUGUGUGAAUGAAAAGUGAAAACAUCUGCGGAUUCUGUUG